GUGAGCAGUAACAAUGACAGACACUGAAACGGUACCACAUAGUAAUGGUAUAGACACCAUAGCAGAAGAAGAUGAAUGCAACAAAACCCGUCCAGCUGAUAUUGAGGCAGACAUGCGAGAGAUGGAGCGUCGCAAACGCGUUGAAAGCAUCAUGAACUCCCGUUUGUUCCGUGAAGAGCUGGAACGUAUCGUUGACUGCCAAAUUCGCGAUGGCGGUUCGUCCAAUAUUCUACAACAGUUGUCAGACAUUAUGGGAAUGCCAGCAGCUCGUAUUGGAAGUGUGUUCAAAAGCUCCAAUUGCGUUGUACCAAUUAAUGAUAUUCGUGGCGUUGAAGCCAUGGGUUACGAGAAAGGCGAAAAGAUUCUCAGAUGCAAAUUGGCUGCCUCGUUUCGGCUAAUCGAUUUGCAUGGUUAUGCCCAGGGUAUUGGCAGUCUCAUCACAGCCAGGCUGAAUGCUGACCAGGAACUAUUCCUAGUAAAUCCCUACGGUGUUCUAAAUCAUGAAAUAACAGCUUCCUCACUGAACAAAGUGAACAUGCAAGGUCAAAUUGUCGAGCAAGGGACUACUAACUUUGGUGUAAACACUAGUCAAUUUACCUUGCAUUCCGUCAUUCAUGCGGCCAGACCUGACAUCAGAUGUGCAAUAUACGUCGCUUGUAACUCCGUGGUUGCAAUUUCUGCUUUGAAACAAGGCUUACUCCCUCUUACUAGGGAUAGUGCCCUUCUUGGUGAAUUAUCGGUUCACACAUAUACUGGUGCUUUGAACGAGCCCGAGGAAAAAGACAAACUGCUUCGGAGUCUUGGACCCGUCUCUAAAGUUCUUCUGCUUUCGAACCACGGUGCAAUCUGCUGUGGUGAGACCGUCGAGGAAGCCUUUUACGCUGUAACGCACAUCGUCGCGGCUUGUGAAGCACAGCUUAAAUUACUGCCAGUCGGGUUGGACAAUCUAGUUGUUAUUCCGGAAGAAACGCGCAAAGCGAUCUAUGAUGCAUCACGUAAACCCCCGGAAGGUGUCGUUGCAGCUAUUGCUUCAACAGAUAACAAGGAACGUGCCCAGGUUCCCAAAUGGCGCGUAGGUGGUGCUGAAUUCGAAGCCCUCAUGCGAAUGCUGGACAACGCGGGUUUCCGAACCGGCUAUAUUUACAGAAAUCCUUUAGUCAAAAACGAUCCUCCGAAACCGAAAAAUGACGUGGAAGUUCCGCCUGCCGUAUCCUCCCUAGGAUAUUUAAUCGAAGAAGAGGAACUUUUCAAACAAGGCAUUUGGAAGAAAGGAGACUUUCGCAAAGGCGGUGAUCGCUCUAGAUGGCUCAACUCACCGAAUGUUUAUCAAAAGGUCGAAGUUUUAGAAACUGGUACCCCCGAUCCUAAGAAGAUCACCAAGUGGAUUGAUGCGAACGUUGAAGAGUGGGUUGCGGAAGGCUCACCAACGCAUUCAUCGACCCCCGUCAAGAUUGAUGGCGCAUUGCAGUUCGUGCCACCGAACACGAAUCCGAAAGAAUUCAAGCGAAUCCAACAACAGAUAAAGGAUUAUCGACGAGCGGAUAAAAUAUCGGCUGGGCCACAGUCGCAUAUUUUGGAAGGAGUUUCGUGGGACGAGGCGAACCGAUUGAAAGACGCUAACGUCUCUGCCACCGGCGAUCACGUUGUCCUGAUGGGCGCAGCCUCAAAAGGUAUUAUUCAGCGCGGAUUCCAGCACAACGCAACAGUCUACAAGGCACCGUAUGCGAAGAACCCAUUCGAUUCGGUUACCGAUGAUGAGCUGAACGAGUAUAAAAAAACGGUCGAGAAGAAACGACACGGUGAUUAUACAGAUACAGAUUUCUCAGAAUCAGAAGCGCUUAGUUCUCUCCAAAUUUCGGAAAAAACUAAAACUCAGCCGUUGAGUCCGCCAAGUCAAUCAGAAAUAGAAGACACUGCCGCCGAGCAUCAGGUGCUUAGAAUAGAAACAAAACAGGCUCCGAAGCCAAGUCAACCUGAAGUUGUACUGAGCGACGUUAAAACCUACAAUGACGAAUAUCUACGAUUUUUUUGGAACAAGCAGAGGGAAUAUGAUUCCGAAACGUCAGACUCAAGGCUAUGUCUUUUUAAAAUCAGCGAUUUGGAUUCACAAUCGGAGCAUUCGAUCGAUUCAGUAUACAGUAUUAAAAGUUUGUCAAGAUGUUCCAGUCCAUAUGCAGUGAAUCAACGAUCAGCAUCGUUAAACAGCAACAGCAUAUACGUCUCGUUGGAAAACUUGGUCAAGAAUUACAUUCCACAUCGAACAACCGCCUUCUUUGGAUUUCGAUCACCUGUUAACAUUCCGAUUGUCACCCAUUUCCAUCUACCUAUGUCACCGACGAGAUAUUUACGGCGGUCGCGUUCUACAUCAUUGAGUGAUGUCUUUAGUACGGAAAAAUUCAUGUCGAUGUCACCUGACGGUCUGCGACGAACCAUUCGCAAAAAACUCAAUUUUGAACAAAUGCUCAAGGAGAAUAAGUUACAUCGUUCACCGCAGGAAGAACUGGAAAUCGAUUUCGAAUAUCUGCAGGAGUUUGAUCUUGACAUCGAUACAAACAACAAUAAUUUUGAGCGUAUUUCGGAAGAAUGUGAUAUUCAUUUGCGAAAUUUACAUUCCAUGGAUAAUAGCUUUUGUGAGAAACUACGCGACAUACAGCUAUCGAAGCCCACAACUCCAGAUAAGGAAAACAAACGAGAUGACUGUGAAGAAUUAACAGACAUUGAUUUACUCCGGAAUCUUACACAGCAGCUUUACAAAGAUAAAGAAACUCUACCAGUGAAAUUGGAUUCGAUUGAUUUGGAGAUUUUAACAAAAAUGGAUAAUCAGUUAAAGAUAUACGGGAGCCACCCAGAACUGUACCACAAAAUCGGUGAACAGAUAUUAAGUAGAAAAAAUUACGAAGACAUCGACAUGAACUCUCCAAAAAAAUCAUGUGCUACCCAAACCGUUACCCUGCCAUCAAUACUUGACACCUUAGACCGGGAUCCGAGAUCCACACAGAACGGCUCAAGUCCAUACCCAUGCUCUGCCUUUCCCAACGACGAAUCUUCCGAUACACCACCUACAGUUAUCUCAAACAAAACUUUAAAAAAUCGUCGGAACCGAAAUUUUGUCUUGGAAAACAUUCAAAGAGUCAGAUCAAAAGGUAGAACACUGAAACCGAGUCGUUUUUAUGAAAUCAGUUCGACUAAAAAACUAGACGAUUUCAAAAAAUCACCGGCAUCUAGCGAAUUUCGCAAACCGCGUAGGAGUUUCUUGAAGCGAUGCAGUCUUCAAUUCUCAACUGAAGAAGAGGAGGAUAACUCAGAGAGCAUCACAACUCGCGAGAAGUUGACUCUCACUCAAUCACUGGAAGAUCAAGCGUCCUGUAUCGCCGAACUUGGGGGCAAACUUAACGCCAUCCAAAGAAAUGUUAUUCAGAUAGUAAAGUUGCAAGACGAAUUUGAUUCAGCUCGUAACGAUAUGCUGUCUUCAUCAGCCAACGAUUGUCAACAAGUGAACAAUGAUUUGAUUGAUCAGACACAAUCGGACGCAGGAUGUCUAGAUAUGUCUUAAAGAUAUAUCGCUUCGUUGUUUGUUUCUUUAACUGAUUUGUUAUUAUUUUACCUUAACCAAUUGUUUUUGUUGAUUCCGUACAUUUUUGUCCAUCAGUGAUAGUCUGCAUUUUUUUUGUCUUCGUACGCUGAACAUUGGUAAGGUGUAUUUAUUACGCAUUUGAACUACAUAUAAACUAUUUUUGCAUCUUACUAUAAAUAAUCUAAGUGAACAUGUUGAAUCUAUCUUGUAUGA